AUGGCGGCAGUUUCGGAUGGAAAUGGAAAGUCGUUAGAAGAAGUUGAUUAUGAUUUGCAAAGACAUCUGACAGGAGUGAACACACGUACGCCUGACCUUUCUACUCUAGCACAAAAGGGAGAUGAAAAACUUGUCGAACAGUUUAUGACUGAAGAUGUUCAAAUCGGUGGAGGAGCGAAUGAAAAACUUCAAAGUCAGCUGUAUAUUGCAUGUUUUUGGGGCUUUUAUGAUGUAGUGAAAACUCUCCUCGAUAAAGGAGCUGAUGUUAAUGCACAGAACAGGGACACGUUAUGGACCCCACUACAUGCUGCAACAUUCCAAGAGCAUGGAAAGAUUGUGAUGCUACUUUUGGAGAGGAAUGCGCAACCUGAACUCCCAGAUGGUGAAGGAAGGAGUGCAAAAGACUUUGCUUCAGCUUCAGAUAAAGUUUGGCCACAUUUUGCAGCUCUCAACUGCCCUCGAACAUCAAAACAGGAACUGAUAGAGAAAGGAAUCAUAAAGAAGUUAGAGGAAAGUUCCAGAGGAGGUUCAUCAGGAAGGCCUGGAUCAGGCCCAAAACCAAGAAUGGCUGCGUUUUCUCGACCAGGGUCAGCAUAUGUAUUGCAAUCAAAUCCCUUUGCGAAGAAACAUGUGAAUCAACAAAGCUCUGAUUUUCCUCUUGGCGGUCCCGUUGAUGGCGAUAUCUUGGCAGAAACGAACAAGCCAGGUCAAGUUGAACAUGACAACAAGCCAGCAUUUUCUGUUUGGCGAACGUGAAUUACUUUUAGUACUUUUAAUUCCAUUUUUCCCGAUGUUGUUGUAAAGUUUUAGGGUGAAAUUUACUCCGAUGAAUCGUUACUGACUGGCGGUAACCCUUGAAAGUUAUCCUUCCGACAGAAGUUGUGUAUGUCCAAAAAAUGGUUAUGCAUACUGCAAUAUUGAAUUUUUUAUAACUUUGAGAAUUGUUGCCAAUAAUUUUUUGUACAACGUAAAAGAGCAUAAAAAUUGUGUUUCAUGAAA